AUGAAUGAAAAAUCAAAAACAUAUUAAAAUGCUUUCCAGAUCUUCAAGGAGAGAUAUUCCAAAAAGUUAAAGAAAGAUAAAACAUUAUCUCAAAGGGAUAUUGAUGAUUUAGUCUUACAGAAAUGGAAAUUCUUACCAGAUGAUUAAAGAGAACCAUACAAAAAACGAUUUGAAAAAACUAAAGUUAAAUUAACUUAACAAGAAGAAUAGCCAAAUGAUUCAGACUAAGAAAAGUAACCCUCAAAAAAAGUUAAAGAAUGA